AUGACCGAGCCGCCUCCACUCCGCCGGAACUCAAGGCGACAAGCCGGUGAGGAAGAGAAUGAUGCGAUCGACGUGGACGCCCAGCAGAACGACGGAACCACGAAUCCACAACAAACCGGCUCGGCUCGGCGAAUAAGUCAAGAAGAGCUCGCCUCGGUACUAAACGGUGUUCGAACUGACAAAGUCUCUGAUCCAACUCGCGGCGACAACCAAACCAAGGAAGAAGAAAACCUCCAAUGGAUCGAGCGACCCCCCCAAUCAAAGGGAAUGACUCACGCACAAACUCUCGAAUUCAAAGAGCUGCGAGCCUCAAUGGCUCGGACAGUAGCUGAAAUACGCGCCAUGAAGUCCCAAGUGCACAACGCAACAAGCGCCGCACCCGAAAUUGACCGAAUGCUUGAAGAAACUCAGAGAACUCCAUUCACUGCAAGAAUCACGGUGGCCAGGAUUCCGAAGUCGGGGAAGGGGGCCGCACUCGAGUGGUUUUCAAGACAGGAACGCAAUUCAUUCGGUAGUUUUCAAAAGCUCUCCGCCUUGUUCCUUAAACAAUACUCGAUGUUUAUGGACAGAGGCACAUCUGAUGAUGACCUGUGGACACUGUCCCAAGGACCAAACGAACCGCUUCGGGAUUACAUGGCAAGAUUCAAGGCAGCCGUGUCCAAAAUAGAAGAGAUAAGUGACAAGGCCGCGCUCGAAGCUUUGAAACGAUCUUUGUGGCGCUUUACACCGGUCAUCGGACUUCGUCGUAAGAGUUUGGACGAGCAGUACGAAGCAACGAAAGCAGCAAUCCGAAGCUCAAUUUUGCCGCGCCCCUCGAAGAAGGGCAACCCAUCGAACAACACAACAACGCAGAGCUCGGAUGAACCUAGAAACGGAGGUGCCCAUAACUAUCAGGUAGGCACCGGGCGCGGAAGAGGAAAGCCGCGCAACAACACUUGGGUGAGAAAGUCCGCCAACUACGACGAGAAGGCUUUCUGCGAGUAUCACCAGACCUACGGGUACUCAACGGCACAAUGCCGAACUUUAGGAGCAAAACUCGUGGCUAAGAUGGCAGCGGGAGAGCUUCAAAACGUGGUCAACCUCAACCUCGUCCCUAAUGAACCACAAGAAAGAGCCGAGCUGAGCGGGGCGACUGAACCCGCGAAUCCUCCCUGA